GGAGUAUCAGUCAGCUGCGCCAGUGUGCGUGCGUGCGUGUUCCCGCGAGCUGCUGUUUACUAGGCGAGGGGAUCCAGGUGGAGUUUUUAAACCGGAGAGACAUGGACGAGGAGGCUCAGGACAGCGAGUGUCCGGUGUGUUUCGAGAGUCUUUCGGACUGCACCAGGACGCUCAGCUGCGGGCAUCACUUCUGCCAUGACUGCUUAGUACGAACUCUGCUGAACAACAGCCUGAACAGAUCCAUCAAACGGGAUAAUAUCCUCUGCCCCGUCUGCAGACACCUGACAGUCAUCACAAAGCUCCACGGAUUCACAGUCUCGACAGAUGAAGCCAAAAGGAUCGGGAAGACACUGGAAGUACCCUCUCCUGUAUUCACCGUUGGGUCUCACACCGGAGGUCUCGGCUGUAUCUGCAGAUGUCUGAGCUGUAUUACAUGCAGACUAUGUAGUCGAAGACUCGUCUGUGCUAAAGACGCUUCAGAAGUGUUCAUCAUCAGUGAGUUGGGUCGACCCAUGGCAGAGGGUGAUGUUAUUGACUUUGGGACAACUUCAGCCAUGCAGCAGGACUACAGCAGCAGUAGAACGAGACUUUGCACCAUCUCCUGCUGCCUUCUGGUCCUAAUGAUCACUUUCACCUUACUGGCUCUGGUGGCUGCCACACUUCCAUGGGUUUUGUUGGCUUAAAGUGUCCAGAACGGCUUGUACGUCGUACCUUACGGAAGAUAAAUCACUUUACGAGC